UCGCCUGUAUGCAGAAAUACAACCAACCGCCUUUUAUUUUUUUAUCUGAAUUUGGAAAAUAGCCUCAUCAAAGAGACGCCGUGUGCAGUGAAAGCCAAUCCGGUGGACGAUACUGCUUAUAAUAAUGGGAGUUUUUCAUAAAAGUGGACUUGCAUUUUCUGCUCGCCGAUUCUGAUUAAACCACAUUUUGACGCCCGCUAGUUCUCGUCGCUCUCCUAUGGUGUUGCUGCUGUCUUCGUGAGAAUACAAGAGAGACAUAUUUGAAAUUUUACCGGGAGAAAGUCCUAAAACCGCAGCCAUGUCAGGGGCGUCUGUAAAAGUCGCUGUCCGAGUUCGGCCCUUCAACUCCAGGGAGAUGAGCAAGGAUUCAAAAUGUAUUAUUCAGAUGCAAGGCAACUCCACAACUAUUCUCAACCCUAAAGCCCCAAAGGAACCGCCAAAAAUUUUUAGUUUUGAUUACUCCUACUGGUCACACACUACGCCAGAGGACCCCUCCUUUGCAUCACAGAACCUUGUAUAUAAUGACAUUGGCAAGGAAAUGCUGCAGCAUGCCUUCGAGGGCUACAACGUCUGUAUCUUUGCCUAUGGCCAGACAGGAGCUGGCAAAUCCUACACCAUGAUGGGCAAGCAGGAGGAGGGGCAGGAAGGAAUCAUUCCCAUGCUCUGUGAAGAUCUCUUUGAAAAAAUCAAUGCAGACAACAACAAAGAGGAUCUCUCCUACUCAGUGGAGGUCAGUUACAUGGAGAUCUACUGUGAGCGGGUGAGGGACUUGCUCAAUCCCAAGAACAAAGGGAAUCUGCGUGUGCGAGAGCACCCCCUGCUGGGACCGUACGUAGAGGACCUGUCCAAGCUGGCGGUCACCUCCUACACGGACAUCGCUGACCUGAUGGAUGCAGGCAACAAGGCCAGAACUGUGGCUGCCACCAAUAUGAAUGAGACCAGCAGCAGGUCCCAUGCCGUCUUCACCAUCGUCUUCACACAGAGGAAACAUGACAGUGAGACAGACCUCUCUACGGAAAAGGUUAGUAAAAUCAGUCUGGUAGACUUGGCAGGCAGUGAACGAGCAGAUUCAACAGGAGCCAAAGGCACCAGGCUAAAGGAGGGAGCCAAUAUCAACAAAUCUCUGACCACGUUAGGAAAGGUUAUCUCAGCUUUGGCCGAGGUGAGCAAGAAGAAGAAGAAGACUGACUUCAUCCCAUACAGAGACUCCGUUCUGACAUGGCUGCUCAGGGAGAACCUUGGUGGAAACUCCAGAACAGCUAUGGUAGCCGCCCUCAGUCCUGCUGACAUCAACUACGAUGAGACCCUCAGCACCCUCCGCUAUGCGGACCGAGCCAAGAACAUCAAGUGCAAUGCUGUUAUCAAUGAGGACCCCAACAACAAGCUGGUGCGUGACCUGAAGGACGAGGUAGCUCGGUUGAAGGACUUACUCCGCGCCCAGGGCUUGGGAGACAUCCUGGACACCCCUAUUGGCUCCCUGACAGCCUCCCCAUCCUCUGGCUCGCUCUGCAGCCAGGUGGGCCUGCAGUCAGUCACCAGCAUCCAGGAGCGCAUCAUGUCCACCCCGGGAGGGGAGGAGGCCAUCGAGAGGCUCAAGGAAUCAGAGAAGAUCAUUGCAGAGCUCAAUGAAACCUGGGAAGAGAAACUGCGGAAGACAGAGGCCAUCCGCAUGGAGAGGGAGGCUUUACUUGCAGAGAUGGGUGUUGCCAUCCGAGAAGAUGGCGGUACUUUGGGGGUCUUCUCGCCUAAAAAGACUCCACACCUGGUUAAUCUGAACGAAGACCCGCUCAUGUCAGAGUGUUUGCUCUACUACAUCAAAGAUGGAAUUACCAGGGUGGGCCAGGCAGAUGCUGAAAGACGGCAGGACAUUGUGUUGAGUGGUGCUCACAUCAAAGAAGAGCACUGCAUCUUCCGCAGUGAGAGGAAUGCCAAUGGAGAUGUGAUCGUCUUGCUGGUGCCCUGCGAGGGAUCAGAAACCUAUGUCAAUGGGAAGCGUGUUGAAGAUGCAGUACAACUCCGUUCAGGGAACCGCAUAAUCAUGGGAAAGAACCACGUGUUCCGAUUCAACCACCCAGAGCAGGCCAGGGCUGAAAGGGAGAAGACCCCAUCUGCAGAAACACCUGUGGAGCCUGUAGACUGGACUUUUGCUCAGCGAGAGCUGCUGGAGAAGCAGGGCAUUGACAUGAAGCAGGAGAUGGAGAAAAGACUCACUGAGAUGGAGAUCUUGUACAAGAAGGAGAAGGAAGAAGCAGACCAACUUCUAGAACAACAAAGACUGGAUGGUGACUCUGAUAGUGGGGAUGAUUCAGAUAAGAGAUCUUGUGAAGAGAGCUGGAGACUUAUCACUUCCCUGAGGGAAAAGCUUCCUCCCAGCAAACUACAAACUAUAGUGAAGAAAUGCGGCUUACCCAGCAGUGGAAAAAGAAGAGAGCCAGUUAAAAUGUACCAGAUCCCACAACGCCGCCGCCUCACCAAGGAUUCUAAAUGGGUGACAAUCUCUGACCUGAAGAUCCAGGCGGUGAAGGAAAUUUGCUAUGAAGUGGCACUCAAUGACUUCCGCCACACCCGGCAGGAGAUUGAGGCACUAGCCAUUGUGAAGAUGAAAGAGCUGUGCGCAAGUUACAGCAAGAAAGACCCCAACGAGCGGGACUCGUGGAGGGCAGUAGCUCGUGAUGUAUGGGACACUGUGGGCGUUGGAGAUGAGCGUAUUGAGGAUGUCAUCACCAAUGGGUCCCGAGUAGGCAGCGUUGUCAUGGAUGACCUGAAGGUGCACAUUGACAAGCUAGAGGAUAUCUUGCACGAGGUAAAGAAACAAAACAAUAUGAAGGACGAGGAGAUUCGUGCCCUUAGAAAUAAGAUGGUCAAGAUGGAGAAGGUCCUUCCGCUCAUCACCCCCGAGUCCCAAGACAAUCCUCCAAGUGUCGACACCUCCAACAGUGUUGAUCGAACUCCCAGUCCUCGAGAAGGCAAGCCCCCUAUACCUGAAAAACCUGAGGGAGAGGAAGGAGAUCUACAAAUUGGCCAAGGUGCUGGGGAUGACUCAACCCUCAAAAGGGGCCACAUGCGCUGGAUGCGCCAGGAACAGGUGCGCCUGAAGAAUCUCCAGCAGCAGGAGAUCUCAAAGCAGCUCAGGAGGCACACAGGACCCCAUCGAUUCAUCCCCCCAGAGGAUCGCAAGCUUCGAUUCCCCUUCAAGAGCAACCCCAAGCACCGCAACACCUGGAGCCCAGGCACCCAUAUCAUUAUUACAGACAAACAGGUCAUCGAGCUGAAAGUGCCCAAAGAGGCUGCAGAGGAAGAGGAGGAUGAGGCCCAGGCCGGGCAGGGAGCACACUCUAGAGAGAGGAUGGCUGCUUCGAUUAUCCAAGUCAGUUCCGGACAGCCAAGCCCAUCAAUGCUGCGCAGGAGCAGAGACCUGGAGCAGGGUCUAAACCAGAGCCACAGACACAACCAGAGGAACAACCAUCAUCAGCAACCCCAUGAACGAGGCCGCAGUAACUCCUUCAAUCACCGCCAGAGGCCCUCUGGUUCCAUGGAGUCACUGCAGCACUCUGAAAACAACUGGAGGCAUUCGCAGACCUUCUACCAGCCCCGCCAUUACCAAAACCAACCAGCGCAACUCCAAACUCUCCCCCACCAACAACUCUGCCACUAUAAUAGCAUGCCAUAUGCAGAUGCCAGCUUCAAUGGCUACCAGCAGUAUCAUCAGUCCCAACAUGUGAACCACCCAAUCAACUUUCAGGCGCCUCCGAGAAUGCGCCGGCAAAUGUCUGCCCCCAACCUGAAAGCCAGCAGGGAGACGACAGUCUAAGUGGGAUGAGGAACUAGUUGGAUGUAUUUUUAGUAGGCAAACACAUUACAGAUCACAACAGGUCAGAAUCAUGUCAGUUAAACAGCUAGAACUGUGACUUUUUGCACUAGAACAGUGUGUCAUUGGUUGAUCCAAAUUUGAAUUGUGUGUACUAUAAAGACAUUUUACCAUUACCAUAGUCAAUGCCUUUGUAUUAGUUGUGCUGCACUGUGCAUUCUGUCAGAUUCUAGCAAUGAGAGAAGUGUCAUAAGGAAUGAAGCCAACAGAUGAGACUUUUUAAGACUAGACAUGUCAUAGCAUUUCUGUAUUUUUAUUUUUUCUUCAACAUCAUGCAAGAAUUCAUCAGCUGUGUUCAUUUGUUUGCCAAAACCUCUUCAUUGUUGAAUUUCUGAGUUUACAUUUCUACCAUCGUAGUGUUAAUUUUAUUAAUGUUUUAGCUAUUAUGAACACUACAAAAGUGCCCAAUUGUCAUCAACAUUUUCGUGGUCACCCAGGUAAAUGAGAAAAACACUAUUUAUUUCAAUUUUUUCAAUUUUGUAAUUUUUGUCCAACAUAAAUCUUAAGUCUGCCUUCAUCGUAAAAUAAGGGACCAGUCAGUUUAAAGUUCCACAAUUCUAAUGCCAGACCUAUUACUAGUCCAUCAAAUGACUGCCGUUUUGAACAAAGACUGUAACUGUGGUACAAAGGAGUGGCAUUCAAAAGUGCCUUUUAGGAAAAAGUGCCCAUUAACAUUAUUAACAUGACUUUACAUUUAUAGUUCAAUCAAUUGACCUUUUGGAUUUUUCCUUUCACUUUGUUUGAAUUCUGUUCUAACAUGUUCUUUCACAAAGCCAGCAUUAAUAUUCACCUACAAUUUGUAAAGCAAUCCCAUCCUCUUUACCCAUCUUACUCUAAAACUAACCUUUUAGUAUUAACAUGCUGAUUUAUUCAGUGUGUAAAUGAAUUAAGAGGCCCCUUAGGUUUUUUUAUUCCAAUCCUUUUUUUUUUUAAACUACAUUUUAUUUUAAGUAUGUGACUGCCGGCAUAAUUGUAUUACAAAAACUAUUUUGCCUUCAAGUAAUUGAUAAGUUGUAUAAUCAAUUAUUUUAUCAGUGCGGAAAUGUUUAUUUAGUAAAAAGUUGAUUGCAAAUCCUGAAAGAUUUAGUCAUAAGAAAAAAAAAUCAUGCUGUAGUUCCUCUCUUAGAAUAUAGUUUGGUCGGGCGUCCCUACAGACACAAUUGGCUGCGUCUGCCCAGAUGUGGGUAUAUAUCCUGGUUGCUGCACUAGCGCCUCCUCUGGUCGGUCGGGGGGGGGGGGGCUGGGAGAAAUCGCGUGAGCCUCCCACGCUCUCUCCCUGGUGAAACUCCUCACUGUCAGGUGAAAAGAAGCGGCUGGCGACUUCACAUGUAUCAGAGGAGGCAUGUGGUAGUCUGCAACCCUCCUUGGAUCGGCAGAGGGGGUGGAGCAGCGACAGGGACAGCUCGGACGAGUGGGGUAAUUGGACGGGUACAAUUGACAAUUGGGGAGAAAAAGGGGGGAAAAUCCAAAAAAACAAAAACAAAGCAAAGUUCUCCUUCAUACCAAUGCAAUAUCAACUGUUAAUCCUGGAAUCCAGUUAAAAACUGAACUGAAACAUUACCAUUUUAAGUUCUAAGAUGAUGCAUCUAACCAUAAGGUAGGUGAUGUGGGAGAUGAGACAGGCCCAAAAAGUUAACAAAUAUACAUAUGUGAAAAUUUCACUCAAACCAAUUUAUCAUACACUCAUUCUGUUGAAGCCACAAUUCAUAAACAAAUCUCUAAAUUCUGUUAUCAUUUGAUCUUAAAAGCUGUAUUUGUGCUUCGUGGUUCCUUUGAGUAAACACAGAAAUACACUUUCUUUAGAGUCGGAUGUCCCGCAGGGUGUUGGCAUGGUUUCCCAAGACAUUCUUGAAAAAAUGUUCGCGGAAGACAAAUAUUAAAGCAUUUGCAUAAUGUAAUUCAUGAGAAGUAACCAUGUCAAAUAAGAUUUCAAGAUCUGAAUUUUUUUCGGAUGCAUCAAAUGCCACGCUUAUAUUGUCUGUACAACCCAGAUAGCUCUCUCUGAGGAAGAUAAUGUCUUUCAAUCAUUUUGUCAUCCAAGUGAUUUUAUUUUUUUCGCCUUCAUGCUGUAGCUGAGGCUUGUCAGAAUGAGCAGCAAGUCUGUCUGUCAAUCUGUCUUAUCCUUGCUGCUUUCUUAGCUUUAAGAGAACCCAGUAAUAAUCACAGUUACAUGCCAGUUGACCUUUAAACUGUUUCCAAGAAACAAAAAAGGCCCUUGGUAUUGGAAGCAAUAUUUGAAGAGACUUCUAAGGACUAUCAAAAAGUAUGUUUUGGGUUCAGAAAUUUCAAAUGACUUUUGUUGUUAAUCGUUUUUACAAUAGUUUCUUCUCUGCCUGAUGAUUAAUGAUGUAACACAAACCAAAUGCUCAAAUAUUUUAUAUAUAUAUAUAUAUAUAUAUAUAUAUAUAUAGCUGGAUAGAUAGAUAGAUAUGAGUGUGCCUAGUCUCUUUCCCAAACACUGUUCAUUUUCAGCAUCGAGUGCUCAUCUCUUAAUGACUAUCUGCAUGCCUUCGCUUACAUGUUUUCAUGCUCCAAUAAGUGCUCCAUUAAAGAAUGUUAUUUAACGCAUGCACUGGUGCUGACAGCUAAAUAUAAUCAGGUAAGCUGGAAAUGUAUACAACAUGGAAUGGACAGUGUACAGUAUUUUUUCCUUUGAAAUACACAUAUACAUAUGUAAGUAUGUAUAUGUGUGUAUGGUAUAUAUAUAUAUAUAUAUAUAUAUAUACACACACACACACACACACACACACACACACACAUGCAUAAGAACUCCAGUUUUCAGUGUCUUCUGGGUGUUUGUAUGAUCUGAAUCUGUAAUAUCAAGUGCCUCGCCGUGACUGUGUACCAAGUUGGGAUGCUAUGUAAUCAAGGACUUCGUGCAAAUAUUGUUGCUUAUAUGAACAACACUGUUUUACUCUUCAUGGGAUCUAAAAAAGAAAAGGAAAUAUUGAAUCCUUGUUUUGCUGGAGAUUUAUUUUCAAAGUAAGACUGAAAUAAAAUGACAUGUUCCAAAUACAUCAUUUUUGGCAUAUACAGUGGGUGCUCAUUUUUGUUAUUUUUUUGUGAAAGUGAAAUAAUUGGAUUGUAGUUUUGAGUUGGACCAUUGCCUUCAUGCAAUAUGUAGGUACAUGGAUAACAUAACUGUAGAGAAGACUAGAUCUUUUGAGUCGGUGUUAACUCAAUUGCACCAAUAAAGUACUGGCUUCGAUAGGUUUAGUUUGAAGAUCCAUGUUUAGGAUCUCCGGAAGUGCAUGUCUGUAUAUGCAGAUUACAACAUUCAUCACCGCAGUACUCACAGAACAUGGUAAAAUCAUUAAGACCAUAGCAAGAGCACAUUUACCUCUAAAGGUUGAUGUUCCAUAUAUUUUCACUCCUCUACCUCGUUGCACAACUGCCA